GGAAGUGGCCGUUGUUAUGCCAACAGGACGCCAUUAGGGCUCUAAAUUUGAAGCAAAGAAAAUGUUCCCGUGGAAUUGACUAAUGUUCAUGUAAUCUGGUUUAUAAAUAAUACCAAAGAUGAGUCGCCUAUAUGACACGGUUGAGCCCUCAGUUAUUGAUGAGGAAAUGCUCCAGAGAUCGGUGGAGGAACAGGGGCCAAAAGAAGAAGCAGGAAAACUUGCAAAGGCUGAGGGGAUAGAUUUCGCUGAUGUCACAUCACUCAGACUGGAUUUUAAAAAUAUUUUGAAAAUCGACAACCUUUGGGAGUUCACUAACCUUGUGAAACUACAACUAGACAAUAACAUUAUUGAAAAAAUAGAAGGAUUAGAUAUGCUCGUCAAUUUGGUCUGGCUUGAUUUAUCAUUCAACAACAUAGAAGUUGUAGAAGGCCUGGGUCAGCUGACUAAACUGGAGGAUAUUACUUUGUACAACAACAGAAUAUCUCGCCUGGAGAACAUGGACACGCUGGUUAAUUUACAGGUGCUCAGCGUCGGCAACAACGACCUCAAUCAACUGGAGCUAGAUUUAACAUAUCUAAGGAAGUUCAAGAAACUGAAGACGCUAAAUCUGAAUGGAAAUCCUUUCUGUGAGGAAGAACUGUGUAAGAUGAAGGUCAUCGCCUUCCUCCCUCAUCUCGAGUUCCUGGACUACAGACUCAUCGAUGAGCAGUCGCGGAAUGCAGCGUAUGAGCGAUUCCAAAUGGGUAUUGAAGAACGUCUGGACAAUGAGAGGAAGGCUCAAGCCAAACAGGAGGAAGAGGAGAGAAGAUCCAAAGAGCUGGAACUUCACAAGGGUGGCUACGUGGAGCUGAUGAAUGGCCCCAGUCUGUUUGACAGCAUGUAUGAUGAAGAUGCAGAGGGCAAGAAACUCAACGAGAUGCCAGGAGUGGAUGAACUGCUCAUUGUUUUCAAAGAGAACUUUGUGAGGAUCUGCCACCAGAUAUUUGACUAUGGUCUCCAAGAACACUCGAAACGCCAGGACGAAGUGACUCAGUUCUGGGAGUGUGUGGAGGAAGCAAAGUCUGAGAACAAAGCCAUGGGAAUGAGGACCAUUGAAGACUUCAUUGCCGACAAGAAGAGGCUGUUCCAGGAGGUAGCGCAAAUCACUGACCCCAAGAUCCUGGACACCAAGCUGGCCGACUACCAGACCCGGACAUCAGACCUGUGGGAUCAGCUCAUGGGUCUGGAGCUGCAGCUCGUGGAUCAGCUCGAGGAUGUCAUCAAGGACUUUGAACGCAAUAUGCAGGAUAUGGUGUCUAACUUCACUGAGCAAGUUCAAGGUUUUCUGACUCAGUGUCGUGACCUUGAAAACCAACACCACGAGAGGAUGAUGGAGAUUGCCAUAGUGACCUUGGAGAAGGUCAUCAAGAAUGAGCUGGAUGAAGAAAUCUCAGAGGAUCUUAGAAUGCUGUUUGUAGACAAGGAUACCAUCAACAAUGCUGUCACCUCAUCACACGAUGUCCAUCUGCUGAAGAUCGACAACAAGGAGGACGACAUGGUAACCAGAAUCAACCAAUGGCUGAAGGCGAUGAUCGAAACUAUCCAUGAAGAGGAGGAGAUUAAGCGUAAUCGUAUGCGAGUGGCUGAAAUCAACCACCUGAUUGACAACAUGCGGGAGGAGGUGGACAACCUGGAUCUCCUUCAGCCCCAGUACUGAGAGGAAUGGACAUGAUAGUGAUGUGAUACUGACAGGGGUAUAUACAGGGGCUGGUAUAUUAGUGGUGUGAUACCUACGUGACAUUUACAUCUGUAACACGCUACAGGACAUGUUCUUACAGACAUUGUUACGGGUUUGGUUCAACUGUUACCCGUUUGACUGUGUACUAAAUCAUAAUAAGAAAACCAUUUUGUUUCUGAAGGACAUUGAAUUAAGGAGUUAGAUGGAUAAUAAGACUAAGAAUCAUGCAGUUAUAUUUUCUUCACCAAAGAUUAAGAUAGCUGAGGUACAAACUGUGAAAAGUUGCAUACCACUAACUAAUUUCUGAAAUUUGGAAAUUUUCUUUAAACAUAUUUAUGUUAGAUUUUUCUGUUUCAAGUCAUGCUUUAUUGAGUUCAUCCAGACGGAACAGAUAUAUACUAUGUACAUAUGUUCAUAUUAAAGAAAGGCUUUAUUGUUGCUUUAAUAAACAUGUAGAAAUCUACAAGCAUUGACUCAUUGUAAUUAUAUGAUUAAUAUUAUAAAUAUGUCCCAUCAAAAUCAAUUUGUAUAUUGAACUGUCAAAUAAAUCAUUCAUUCUUUUCA